CGCAUACGAGACUCAGCCGAAACUCAUGCCGCGAUGAUCUGCGCCACCCUGGGAGAUAUGACCACUCAGGCCUCCCUACAAAGAGCAAAUUAUCUGGAACGGCAAUACUCGAGAAUGUUCCCAGGACGUUGAAAAGAUUCCUCAGCAUGGCGCGUCAUGGAGGAUCAAACCCUCGCCGAGCACAUAAAGGGAACAACUCUCCAGUCAUUACCAAUGUCGAUAUCGAAAUGACUGAUUCCUCGAGCGACUCAUGUUCGGAUGAAGGAAUCGUCAGCCAAGAUGUCAAUAUGGUUGUGGAUGAAGACAUUGUGGUCUACCCCUCGAGCACGGACGCGGACGAAACUCGUCUCCCAUCUACGGAACCUACUGUCAAAACCUUCGGCAUCACUCAUCAUUUCCACCCUUUCAUUCCGCCGUCGAUCUGCGUUGGCAACAGCAACUCCUUACUAUCUCCGACCUUGUCCACUACCCAACCCAUCGAUGUACUGGAGCCCGGUCUGUCUGGUGUGAUUGACAAACCAGUCGCUCCGCAAGCCGCAGAGUCGCAUUCCGCUGCCACCACUGAUUGCAUCAACUCGACAGCGUCAGUCGAAGACCCGCUCGUCUCGCCAUCAUCAGUACCUACGGCCACAGUCAAUGUACACUGCGACGUUCCCCCUCCGUCACGCGACCACAGUGACGCGUCCACGGCCCACGAGCACGUGGAGGAGAUGAAAGUUGCUGGGACGCCUUCCAAGACUGCCGCAGACGACUCCAAUCGAACUUUGCCUUCCGCACCGGCACAUGAUGUCCCGACGGUUCCAACUGCACCGAGUAAACGUAAGGCUCCCACCAUGGUCAUAAUUCAGAAACUUCCUUCCUUCCUUCCACCCGAGAAUCGUCACCGGUUUCCUUGCAAGUAUCGGACUGAAGGCGGAGAGAAGGUCGUCGUCCACAAUUCAAGAUGCUUGGAGGACGGGAAGGGUUUCGUCUUGCGUGGGACCACAAGGGUGAAGUGCGCAUCGCUCCGCGAAGAAGACGAGGAAAUCGCGAAGAUCAUGAACUCGCUAUCCCUCUCCUCAUCUUCCAAAUCAAAGAAAACCCAGGCCUUAUCAGAAGAAGGUUUCGAGGUCGCUCGGAGGGGAAUAGAGAAGAGAGCUUCUCGCAGGCAGAGAGAUCGGCCAACGCCUUAUCAGAGCCACACCCCCAAGAAAACUCUGGAUCAGCAGAUAGACGUCAUACUCGAGGGGACCCAGCCAUUCUCAUGGAUAUCCAGCAACGUGACGAUGGGAUGCACUUGGUCCGUAGGCCCCGACAUGAACAGCCUCAGAGAUGUCUCAGGUCGCUUUAGCGCCUCUCCAAGGACUCGCAAACGGGCAACCCGACGUACUGCCGCAGUCUCUUCCUUACCGGAUGAAUUGACAAACCAGUUCUCCGCCCUCAACCUCUCGACCUCAUAGAUGUCACUUCAGCGUCUCCAAUUUCUGUUUUCGCAUAUUCUUCUCAUCUCCCUAUCGUCGCUUUGAAUCAUAUUGUUUGGCUCUGCUAAGUUCCUUGUUUGUCUGUCUGUUUGUUUGUUUGUGUGUUUAUUUGUUUGUUUUGCUUUCGUAUCUUGCUCCUCGUUCGACCCCGCUUGCUCUCGAUAAAUUGUUGUCUCGUUUGGCGGAAUGCAUGUUUGUACGAAUCGCGAAUUUCUAUAGUUCAGCGCAGCCAGAAGUCCAAAGUUUGAAUGUAAUUAUUGUAAAGUAAUGUACACAACGUCUAUCGUCACCAAUUAUCC